GGCGAUAGUGAGUACAGACAGACGUGCAGAAGAAGAAAUACACUGCGCAAGUGCGCAUGCGUGUUUAGCGUGUAGCAUGGCAUGAUAGCAUCCAGGGGAAUUUAUCUUUAUUUUUUCACAUCAUGGCCCUCGUUCCAUAUGUUGAAAACCCGCUGCCCGCACUUUCCAAACUCCACAACUCCUCGGCACAGUUUCGUUUCGCAAAUCACGACCUCUGUUUAGUGCAGGACUGGAAAAACCUCGGAGUGGCUGCGGUUGUAUGGGACGCAGCGGUCGUCAUGUGCAUGUAUAUGGAGCUGGGGAAAGUGGAGCUAAAGGGGAAGAAGGUGAUUGAACUCGGAGCUGGCACCGGACUGGUGGGGAUAGUGGCGGCCAUAUUGGGUGCUCAGGUGACCAUCACCGACAGGCUUCCCGCUCUGGAUCUCCUCAGCGCCAACGUGAAGUCCAACCUCCCCGCCGAUUCCCCGGGGUCCGCGUCGGUCUCGGAGCUGAGCUGGGGCGAGGACCUGGACCGCUACCCAGCCGGCGGCUUCGAUCUGAUCCUGGGGGCGGACAUCGUGUACCUGGAAGACACGUUCCGGCUCCUCCUGCGGACCCUGGAUCACCUGUCCUCGGGGAGGACCGCCGUCCUGCUGGCGUGCAAGAUCCGCUACGAGCGGGACACGAACUUCCUCGGCAUGCUGGAGAAGACCUUCACCAUAGAGCAGGUCCACUACGAUCAACAACGUGACAUUCACAUCUACAAAGCUCAGAAACUCCGUCGGGAGGAUUUGUGACAUUCCCACCAGAAGAGACUACCAGAAACACAUUUAUUUAUUAACAGCUGCCAAAAAUGUAAAUAUCCUCAAUAGCUCUAACAUGAUGCAGUUAUGUCUGUUUUUGUUUGUUUUUUUUUUUUAUACAAGUCGGUGCUGACGUUUAGAAAUCGUGAAUAAAAAAUAAAACGAAAAGCAACAUAAAAAAAAAAAAAAAGCAUUAUUGAGACUAUACAGAAUACAUCAUGGUGAAAAAGAUCCAGUUGGUUCAUGCUGCAGGAUUGUAGAUGCAAAGAGGAGGGGGGGGGGGGGGGGGGAGGGGGAGAAGUGCGCAUGCCGCUUCCUAUUGACGAGAUUUCGAGAUAAGGCUCAUGUUUCUGGCUUCCGAUCA